AGUUGUUGCUUCUGUAGCUCCUCUGGGGACCUUUGUUUGGUUUUGGCUUCCUUAGAUAAUUUUCUCUUUCCUGGCCUCAUACUGGGGUCCUGUACUUUGCCAGGGCUGAGUUCUGGACAGAGAGGAUGGGGGAAGUUAGCAGGAUGGCAACAAAGAGACUGUGCCCACGCCUGGCAUGCUGCAGACCUGUCUCUGCCCAAAGCAGCUGUGAUCCUGCCCUGACUGGUUCUGCCUGUGGCCCCUAGGAGCACGGCCUUCGAAUGAACAGAGUCACCAUGGGGACCACAGCGCUGGGGCCCAUUCACCUGCUGGAGCUGUGCAACCAGAAGCUCAUGGAAUUUGUCCAUAAUGUGGACAAUAAGGACUUGGUGUGGCUCCAAGAGAUCGAGGAGGAAGCUGAGCGCAUGUUCACCAGAGAAUUCAGCAAAGAACCUGAGCUGAUGCCCAAAACACCUUCUCAGAAGAACCGACGGAAGAAGAGACGGGUUUCUUAUGUUCAGGAUGAAAACAGAGACCCCAUCCGGAAAAGCAGGUUGUCUCGCAGAAAGACGCGGAGCAGCCAGCUGGGCUCCCGGCACCUGCGCAGCAAGGACAAAGUGGAGAAGCUGGCCACUGUGCCCGGGGAGGGCGGCUCUGUCCUGCGACGGAUGACACGUGCUGCAGCUGCAGCGGCGGCAGCUGCAGUGGCGAUGGCUGCUCCAUUGUCCGCCCCUGAGUCCCCCACAGCCCUGAUCAAGAAGCUCGAAAGUGGCCUCACCCAGUGCCCGCUGAUGCCCAUGGUGGAGAUUGGCGUCAGGGAGCACCAGAGUGCCAAGCAGCACCUCAGCCAGCUCCAGGCCGCCCAGGCUCCUUCUCGGGCUCCAUCCCCAACUCCAGCCUCCCAAGUCACCUUGAUAUUGGACAAGGAGCCAACACCCCAGAAAUCAGAGGCUGGGAGACUGGAGUCUGUCACCAUGAGCUCCCUGAUGGCUACAUCCCAAGACUCGAAGGGCCAAGGGGUUGGAGCAGGGCGAUCUGCCUCCAAGCUCAGGAUUGCACAGGCCUCCCCAGGCCCACAGGACUCGCCUGGCUCUCUGGCCUCCCCAUGGCGCAAGCGGGUGCUGGCUCCCAUCCUGCCGGAUAACUUCUCCACGCCCACUGGCUCUAGCGCAGACCCGAGGUCCAUGUGGCGCAGCCUCAUUGCCCCGUCCUCCCCAGACCCCCAGGUCUCACUGGGCCAGAAGUACUCCCUGGUGGCCAAGCAGGACACUGUCCGCAGGUCGAGCAGGAUUGCCAAGAAGGCCAGGGAAGAGCCAGCUGCAUCUGCCCGCAUCAUCUGCCACAGUUACCUGGAGAGGCUCCUGAAUGUUGAGGUGCCCCAGGAAGUCAGCCCCGAGCAGAAGGAGCCCAGUGAGGGGCCUGAGCCUGUGGAGGCAGCUGAGCCAGAGGUCCCCAAGAACAAGGGUCCCCAGAGUGCCACCAAGAUCACCAUCAGCACACCUGGUUCAAGGCCUGCAGCUGGUGGCCAGGAAACGCCCGCUAAAGGGCAGCAAGAGGCCAAGACUGACCAUGCAGAUGGCCCCAAGGAGCCACCCCAGAGUGUCAGGAGGAAGCGCAGCUACAAGCAGGCGGUGAGUGAGCUGGGCGAGGAGCAGCAGCUGGAGGAGGAGGAGGAGCUGCAGCCCCCCAGAAACAAGACCCCUUCCCCGCCCUGCCCAGCCAGCAAGGUGGUGCGGCCCCUCCGGACCUUCCUGCACACUGUGCAGAGGAAUCAGAUGCUCAUGACCCCGAACUCGGGCCCCCGCAGCAGCGUCAUGAAGUCCUUCAUUAAGCGCAACACUCCCCUGCGCGUGGACCCCAAGUGCGGCUUCGUUGAGAAGGAGCGGCAGCGCCUGGAGAACCUGCGGCGGAAGGAGGAGGCUGAGCAGCUCCGCAGGCAGAAGGUGGAGGAGGACAAGCGGCGGUGGCUGGAGGAGGUGAAGCUGAAGCGUGAGGAGCGCCUCCGCAAGGUGCUGCAGGCCCGGGAGCGGGUAGAGCAGAUGAAGGAGGAGAAGAAGAAGCAGAUUGAGCAGAAGUUUGCUCAGAUCGACGAGAAGACUGAGAAGGCCAAGGAGGAGCGGCUGGCUGAGGAGAAGGCCAAGAAAAAGGCAGCAGCCAAGAAGAUGGAGGAGGUGGAGGCACGCAGGAAGCAGGAGGAGGAGGCACGGAGGCUCCGGUGGCUACAGCAGGAGGAGGAGGAGCGGCGGCACCAGGAGCUGCUGCAGAAGAAGAAGGAGGAGGAGCAGGAGCGGCUGCGGAAGGCGGCCGAGGCCAAGAGGCUGGCGGAGCAGCGCGAGCAGGAGCGGCAGCUGGCGGAGCAGGAGCGGCAGAGGAAGGAGCAGGAGCGGCUCCAGGCCAAGAGGGAACAGCAGGAGAGGGAGAAGGCCCUGCGGCUGCAGAAGGAGCGGCUGCAGAGGGAACUUGAGGAGAAGAAGAAAAAGGAAGAGCAGCAGCGCCUGGCUGAGCAGCGGCUGCAGGAGGAGCAGCAGAAGAAAGCCAAGGAGGCUGCAGCAGCCAGUAAAGGCAUGAACACGACCAUGGACGUGCAGUCUCCAGCUUGUACCUCGUACCAAAUGACUCCACAAGGGCACAGGGCACCCCCCAAGAUCAACCCUGAUAACUAUGGGAUGGAUCUGAAUAGCGAUGACUCCACUGAUGAUGAGGCCCAACCCCGGAAGCCCAUCCCCACCUGGGCCAGAGGCACCCAGCUCAGCCAUGCCAUCAUCCACCAGUACUACCACCCCCCCAACCUUCUCGAGCUCUUUGGAGCCAUUCUGCCCCUGGACUUGGAGGACAUCUUCAAAAAGAGCAAGCCCCGCUACCACAAGCGCACCAGCUCUGCUGUCUGGAACUCGCCACCCCUGCAGGGCAGCAGGGUCCCCGGUAGCCUGGCCUACAGCCUGAAGAAGUGCUGAAGCAGGCCCCGGGCCUUCUCAGCAGCCUCAGCCCCCUGUCUGCUGUCUGUCCACCUCUCUGUUGGUCUGGUGCCUCCUGCCUGGUGUUUUAGCUCUGAGGGGGUUGGUCACGUGUAUAUAAAUGUUCUCUGUGCUGCAGGGAGAAAGUGGCCCAGGUCUGUUUGGAGACUGCGCUUGGUGGGUGGCUGGGGAAGAGCCAGGCCACCCCACCUGGCCUGCAGGCAGCACUCUAUAAAUAGAUUGUUACAGUUCAGCUGAAUUUUAGCCACUAUUGUUUGAGAGCUAGAUUAAUAAAGUCUAUUCCUUCAA